AUGACCAAUAAUAAUUAUGGAACAGUACAAAAAAAUGCUCAAAUUGUUCGUCAAGUCAAUAACUAUUCAGAAAUUCCUAAUGAAUACAUUGCAUUUGGUGUUGAACCUAAUAAUAACAUAGUUCAUCAACAGUCUAAUCAAUUUGUUCAAUCUGCUGGUCAACCUCUACAGCAUAAUCAGCUUUCACAAUCAACGGUGAAUUAUAUCCACCAAGAACCUGCUAAUUAUUCGCAAAAAAUGACUUCACCAAUUACAACUCCAAUGGACCUUCCAAGACAGAGACCAAUUAUUAUUGAUGGCCUAAAUAUUGGUUAUAGUCAUGGAUGCCAUAAGGAAUUUUCUGCUAAAGGCAUGCUUAUAUGUGUGCAGUAUUUUGUUCAAAAAGGAUUUAAAUCUGUGAAGGUUAUAAUACCCCAACAUCGCAGAGGGAAGCCUGGAACUGAAACGCAUUCAAUAAUAAAAAUGUUGUGGAACAUGGGUCAUAUGUAUUUUACACCCAGCAGGCAAAUCAAAAACACUCGACUGUCGUGCUAUAGCGAUCGAAUUAUUCUUGAUCAUGCUUUUACAUGUGGUGGAGUUGUGGUAUCCAAUGACAAUUUUCGGGACCUAUAUAACGAAGAAACUAAGUACCGAGAAAUAAUUGAGAAAAGGCACUUAAUGUUCAUGUUCAUUGAUGAUAUAAUCAUUUUUCCAAAAGAUCAGUAUAGUUAUCGUUAUCCAAGUUUGUAUACUUUUAAUAUUUUGCAUUAUCCUGCUUAA